AUGCCCAUAAAGUUCUGGCCCUUUGCUAUACUUACUGCUGCAUAUAUAAUCAACAGAGUCCCUAGCUCAGUUAUAGAUUGGGAUACACCUUUUGAGAGGCUAAAUAAUAAGAAAGCUAACUAUGCAAUGGUCAAACCAUUUGGAUGCUUAUGCUAUGCAGCAAACACAGUGCCUCACAAGUCCAAGUUUGAUAGAAGAGGCAUAAAAUGUGCCUUUCUUGGACACAUUGCAGGAAAGAAAGGGUAUAGAUUGUAUGAUAUGAAUACAGGAGAGAUAUUUGUUGGGAGGGAUGUCACUUUCUUUGAUGAAGAAUUCCCUUUUACAGCUGCACUUGAGAACAAGAAGUUUACUAUACCACUCCCAGUAGAAGAUGAAGAUGAGCAGAGAAUUGUCCCACAUGAUGAUGUUGAAAAUGAUGAUGUGAGAACAUUUCAUGAAGCAGGGAGACUGAGGAGGAGCAUGAGGCACAAACAGCCACCAGUGUGGCAACAAGACUACAUCUGCAAUAAUGUUGGUCAACUUGUGAUACCUCAGUAUCAAGAGUUUACAGCCUUCAUGAUUCUGGUUGUUUAUUUUUCAUUUGAACUCUUGUUCAAGAUUUACAGUGGACUUCUGUGGUUGUUUGGUUUGGCUGCUGAAAGGCACUGCUUUGGAUUUCUUGAUCUGGUAUUGUUUGUUCACCUGCUGAAAAUCACAAGCAUGGCCCACUUAUCUUACUCCGAUUCAAUCUCCGGUGGGUCCCAGCACGGGCAAGGCGUUCAGUUUGUGCCCAUCAAGACCUCGGCAGGCUCGCUCCAAGUUCUACUGCUGCACGGCAAUUUAGACAUCUGGGUCAAGGAGGCCAAAAACCUCCCCAACAUGGAUUUAUUCCACAAGAACUUGGGCGAGAUGUUUGGGAGGCUUCCUGGUAAGCUCUUCAGCAAAACGGAACGGAUCACGCCUGGAAGCAAGGUCACGAGCGAUCCUUACGUCACGAUUUCCGUGUCGAACGCCGUUUUGGGCCGGACCUUUGUGAUCAGCAACAGUGAAAACCCCGUUUGGGCCCAGCACUUUCAUGUCCCGGUCGCUCAUUAUGGCUCGGAGGUUCAUUUCGUGGUCAAGGACAGUGACGUCGUGGGGUCCCAGAUCAUGGGGGCCGUUGGAAUCCCGGUCGAGCAGAUUAUUACCGGCUCGAAAAUCGAGGGCACGUACCCGAUUCUUGGCCCGAAUGGCAAACCGUGCAAUAAAGGGGCCGUUUUGAGCCUCUCGAUUCAGUACAUACCGAUGAAUAGUGUUAAUCUCUAUCACGGUGGGUCGGGGGGAGUGCCCAGCACUUACUUUCCUAUGCGGAAAGGGGGAAAAGUCACACUGUAUCAAGAUGCGCAUAUUUACGAUGGUUUGCUUCCAAAUUUGUGGUUAGCUAAUGGGCAAACCUAUCAGCAUGGAAAAUGCUGGCGUGAUAUUUACGAUGCGAUUAGUGAGGCUCGAAAAUUGGUCUAUAUCACGGGUUGGUCAGUUUACCAUUUGGUUCAGCUGGUGAGAGAUGACCCGAGCAUGGGGGAAAGUAGGUUGGGGGAGCUUUUGAAGGUGAAGUCUCAAGAGGGUGUUCGCGUGCUGCUUCUCGUGUGGGAUGACCCGACCUCUAGGAGCAUACUGGGAUUAAAAACUGAAGGCGUAAUGAAUACAGGUGAUGAGGAAACACGCCGAUUUUUCAAACAUUCAUCUGUCCAAGUGUUAUUGUGUCCACGCUCUGCUGGAAAAGGCAGCUGGGUCAAGAAGCAGGAAACUGGAACAAUCUAUACUCAUCAUCAGAAAAGCGUGAUAGUAGAUGCAGAUGCCGGCAAUUUUAGGAGAAAGAUUGUUGCGUUUGUCGGGGGACUUGACCUGUGUGUGGGAAGAUAUGAUACCCCAAAACACUCGAUUUUCAGCACCUUAGAAACCGUUCACAAGGAUGAUUUCCAUAAUCCUAAUUUCACGGGGCCCACGCCCACCGAUGGUUGUCCAAGAGAGCCAUGGCAUGAUUUGCACUGUAAAAUAGAUGGUCCAGCUGCAUAUGAUGUCCUGACCAACUUCGAAGAGCGUUGGUUAAAGGCCUCAAAACGACACGGGCUUCAGAAAAUGAAAGCUUCGUACGAUGAUUCCUUACUCAGGCUCGAAAGAAUCCCUGAAGUAAUGGGAUUAUCUGAGGUUGCUUCUCAUGGAGAAGGCGAUCCAGAGGGUUGGCAUGUUCAGGUUUUCCGUUCGAUUGACUCAAAUUCUGUCAAAGGCUUCCCGAAGGAUUCAAGAGAGGCUCCAACCAGGAAUCUUGUAUGCGGAAAGAAUUACUUCCUCGGGUCGUCAUUCAACUGGUCUAAUUAUCGGGAUUUGGGUGCGAACAAUUUAAUACCAAUGGAAAUUGCACUCAAAAUUGCGUCUAAAAUUAGAGCAAGGGAAAGGUUCUCUGCGUACAUUGUUAUUCCUAUGUGGCCAGAGGGAGCCCCGACCAGUACUCCUACUCAGAGAAUACUCUUCUGGCAGUACAACACAAUGCAAAUGAUGUACGGGACGAUCUACAAGGCUUUGCAGGAAAUGGGGCUCGAAAACGAGUAUGAACCGAGUGAUUACUUAAAUUUCUUUUGUCUCGGGAAUCGUGAAACUGAAGGUGGCGUGAGCAAGCCCGAAUUGAAAGGCCCGGCUGGAAACACUCCCCAAGCACUCACUCGAAAAAACAGGCGCUUCAUGAUCUACGUACACUCAAAGGGAAUGAUAGUUGACGAUGAGUUUGUUAUAUUAGGUUCGGCUAACAUUAAUCAACGCUCUCUCGAAGGGACGAGGGACACUGAAAUUGCCAUGGGUGCAUAUCAGCCUCAUUACACGUGGGCUACAAGGCACGCUAAUCCACACGGACAGAUUUACGGAUACAGAAUGUCUCUGUGGUCGGAGCACACGGGCACUUUGGAAAAAUGUUUCGAGCAUCCGGAGAGUUUGGAGUGCGUGAGACGAGUAAGGUGGAUGGGUGAGCUCAACUGGAAACAGUUUGCGGCUGAAGAGAUAACCGAAAUGCGGGGCCACUUAUUGAAGUAUCCGGUGGAGGUUGACCGAACGGGAAAGGUGAGGUCUUUGCCGGGCUGCGAGACUUUUCCGGACAUGGGAGGGAAGAUAAUCGGGACGUUUAGCGGCAUUCAAGAGAAUCUCACUAUUUGA